AUGUCGUCCCUCAGUCGCGUAAUCUCUCUGGCUUCGCUUGCCCUAAGCGUAGCAGCUCUUCCGUACGGUACCGAGGAAUCAUGCCCGGCGCCACCUCGAGCACUGUACACAAUCACCAACGAUUAUAACAAUAGCGUCGUUGCCCUUCCUAUCGGCGCAGAUGGCAAGAUCCCUGGAUGCAGUUUCGGACGGUUGACAUCUACUGGUGGAUCGGGAGGCAACACCAUUAAUUCUGGCAAAAAGGCUGCACCGGAUGCACUUUCUAGCCAAGCUGCUUUGACUAUUGCGGGAAAUUACAUUUUUGCAGUCAAUGCCGGCUCCAACAGUGUUUCCAUGUUCUCGAUUGACGCGCAAGAUCCAACAAAAGUCACCAUGAUCGGCCAGCCAGCUGUUGUAUCGGGUGACUUCCCUGUUACCGUGGCCGCCUCUCUCAACUCCUCCCAGGUGUGCGUUGGAUGCAGCGGUACCCGUUCUGGUGUUUCCUGUGCCUCCUACUCUGCCGAGGGCAUUGGCGCCAUGGACGAUCUCCGUUCCUUUGAACUCGGGCAGUCAAUGCCUCCCACCGGACCGCUGAACACUGUAUCACAGAUAUUCUUCAGCACUGAUGAAUCCAUAUUGUACACCACCAUCAAGGGCGAUCCGUCGCAGAACAAGACGGGAUUUCUGGCCGCCUUUUCCGUCACCGACGGUCAGGUGGAGCACGACGGGGCGAUGACAUCGCCAAACGGCACCGUCGCCCUCUUUGGCACGACCCAGAUUCCCGACAGCACCAACCUGUUUGUCACCGAUGCGGGCUUUGGCAGCGUCAUACUCGAAGUCGACGGUACUGGUGCCGCGACUCUACAGGACAAGGUUGAGAUCCAGGGUCAAAAGGCCACGUGUUGGUCAACGAUUAGCCCCGCCACCAACACGGCCUUUGUCACGGAUGUGGCGCUGAAUCGCCUGGUGGAGCAGUCUCUGACCGAUGCCAGCAUUGUCGCUGAGAUUGACCUUGCCGCCAACGGUGACCCGGGACUGACGGACCUCCAGGCUGGUGGCAAGUUUAUCUACGCUCUGAGCCCGGGCAACGGCACUACGCAGGCUGCUAUUGCGGUUGUGGAUGCCACAACCAAGCGCCAGGUACAACACUUUGGUCUUCAGAUGAGCGGCGUUAGUAAGAACGCACAGGGCAUUGCCCUUUUGCUCUAG